AUGAAGGAAAUCUCUCUAAGGGUUCAUGUUGACGAAGAGACUGUGAUGACGGCAGCUGUGUGGUGGUGGUGGUAUGGCAGCGGUCGCCCGCCUAGCCUGUCAAGACCGCCUAGCGCCCGCCUAGCCCGCCUAGCCCGCCUAGACCGCCUAGCGCCCGCCCAGCCCCCGCCUAGCCCGCCUAGACCGCCUAGUCCCCGCCUAGCCCGCCUAGCGCCCGCCCAGCCCCCGCCUAGCCCGCCUAGCGCCCGCCCAGCCCGCCUAUCUCCCGCCUAG